CAUAAGAUCGCAAAGAUGGCGGUAGAUUUGACUUCAACCAAAAUUGUACCUUUACAGGCAUUAGUUCGUGGAUUUCUUGCCCGUAGAAAAUUACUGGAAGUUCGGAAAGAAUUUGAAGACGUUUUGAACGAUUUGGAGAAGGACACAAACGUUGUGUGUUGGAAAACAAAAACUCUAGGACUUCCGUUGAUAAGUUCGGAUCCUAAAGUAUUAUCCAGCGUAAGUAAAGAAAAGAUCUUACGUACAAAGGAGAAUGACGUUGAAGUCAAUCAAAGAGAUUCAUUGGAGGAUGAAUUUGGUGUGAAGCUUUCUGUCAAGGAGUUUGAAACAAUGUUAAAUACUGGACAUGGCGAGCAAGGUAAUGGAGAAAGGAGUGCGGUUGACGAAGAACCCGUGCUAGAUCGCCCAGCUUCUGGAGCGUCAAAUUUUGAAAGUUAUGACAACCACGGUGACUUGCUGCAAAUUAACCAAGAGUCUGGUCAGGAAAGUAGCAGUACGUUUAGGCAAGUGGACAGACCAGGAGAACAAGCCAUCUGUUCCAGGGAACAAGGUUCAGAAAAAAAGAGACUUUUAAUGCCAAAUUCUGACACAACAACUCAAUGUGAUUGUCCAGAUGAAAGAUGUUCUCACAGGGUUCCAGAUUUACCUUCUCCCUUAAACAGUACACUGAAAAGCACACAUGGGUCAGGGGCUGAACGAGAGGAAAGGCAGACAGUUGGACAAGAAAGUACUUUACAAUCAUCACUGCAGUCAUAUUUACAAGGGGGAACUCCUUACUUGAGGGACCAAACCCGGCUAAGUGACACUUGGUUGACGGACAGGUCAUUUGAUACAAUACCUGGUGAAGAUUCAGCAAAAGGUCUUCCUACUGACCCUGUAAAACUAUGUGAACUAAGAGAACAUAUCGGAAUGGAACUUCUUUGGACAGAACAAGCCAUUCAAAGCCGGAAAAAAUACUUGGGUUUGAGAAAGGGAUUAGCAGAGGCAGAGAAAGAAGAUCCAACCAUAAACUGGGAGUGAAUCAGCCUCAGGACAUCAGAGUAAAAUCUCACUGAACAAUUUAGGUUGACUUAAAUUGUUGCUAGUUUUUUGUGUCGUUCAACCAAAUUAAACCCACAUUGAGUUUUGCAUUUGCUAAACUUUUGAUCUUUUUGGCUUAAACCAUGAUACAAAAUAGUGGCAGGGAUACAAAAUGCUACCGUAGCCAUUAGCCCUAGAGAUGAACAACUGUGAAGGUGCGGUGGCCUCAUGGCGGGUUCAAGCCCUGGCCAGGGUCAUUGGGUUGUGUUCUUGGUCAAAACACUCAAUUCUCACAGUGUAUAAAUAGGUACUGGCAAAUUUAGUGCUGGGGAUGAUCCUGCAGUCUACUAGCAUCCCAUCCAGGGGGGAGUGGAAAUACUUCUACACGCUUCAUGCUACAGAAACCGGCCUGAUGGGCCACUUGCCUGUAUGGCUGAAAUGCUGGUUAAGGUGAGCAAACUUGUUAAUCAAAGAUUGCAAUGUAACUCACUCAGGAUUAUCUAUUUUGAGAGACAUUUCCUCAUCCUGGCAUGUUUAGUCUGCUUGUGUAAACAACAGCUUAUCCUAAUGGGAACCCUACUUCCUCUUAUNCAGUA